UCAGCUGUUUAACCGGCCUGCUUUUCAACGAAUGUUUUCAUAACGCGCUUUUCAUUCGAAUUCCAUUAAAUUGUAUAAACUAACCACCAAGACUCUCUACGAGCCAUGUGGUUAAGGACGCACUGCCUCUGGCGCAGUGUGGGGCGUCUGGGCCGUCAAGUAUGCACCACGAGCGUUUCACAAGCGCGGAUUUUCGCGGACCGCGAGAAUCAGUUCGCCCAUGGAAUCCUGAUGGAUUCUCUGAAACCGUAUGCAAUACUGCGUCCUCGGGACUCCGCCUGGCAGGAUCUGCCCGCCUCUGAAGGCUUCAUGCGGCCACAGCCAGAUGCCAGUGCUGCCGAUCUCUAUGCGGACUUCUUGGGUCUGGUGAGGCACUGCAACCGCCUGGAACUGCAGAUCACCGAUAGCCGCUACGUCGACUUCACCCGCUGCUUCUGUGAGCAGCUGCAUCGCCUUACGGAUGAACAGCUCAUCGGAUCGCUGAGUGCCUUGGCUGAGCUACCCGCACCGGAAUCGCCCAAAGCCAGGAACUACAUGGAGAUAUGGAAUACCCUGGACAUCGAGUGCUGUCGUCGCAUCGAGCGGUGGUCCAGUGAACAAUUGCUACUCGUGAGCGAUGCCUGGUAUCGUCUUGGUCUGGUCAGGAUCGGCGAGUACGUGUGGCUGGCGCUGAAGAAGCUGGGCCGCAAGCUGCGAAAACUGCCGCCAGAGCAGCUCGUCCACUCCAUGUUUCUGUGCAAUCUGCUGCGUCGAUCCGUCUUCGAGAUGUUCGACUUUGAGCUGAAUCUGGCUCGCUGCGUGGAUCAAAUGACCCUGUCCGAACUGGGCGUAAUGGCCAUGGGCUUCUUCAAGACACAGACGCCCAUCAGAAAUCCGGAACUGCUGACGCAAAUCUACCAGCGGUUAGGCAGCGAACUUGACACCGUGGAAGACAUUGUCCUGGUAGCGCUGCUCAAGGUGCUGCGAUAUAGCAGCAAGCUGCCCCAAGUGGAGCCUCUCAAGCAAUUGCUAAACGCUUUGGAGUCUCAAGUGGAACGCGUUUCCCUGCUCACGUGCCUGCACAUGGCUCUUCUGGGCUGUGAACUGCAAACGUGCAAUGAUUCACUGGUGGAACGCAUCCUGCUGAGAUUCGAGCGUGAGUUGGAGACUGCUCGCCUUAAGGAUAUGGAGCGCAUUUGCCUGGUGAUGGGCCUGUUCAAUAUUACCACUAAGUCGGGAGUGGAUCGCCGAUUGGCGGAAAGACUGCCCGAUUUACUGCGCCAGCGGAUGGAGGAGAUACUGCGCCAUCCUCGCUGCUUAUCCAACUGUCUGCAGUUUCUCACAAUGCGGGGUGUUUACGAUCUGGAGCUUUUGGGCGUGGCGCUGGAGCCGCGUUUUAUAAAGCAUGCAUAUCCGAGCGGUUUGCCCGGACGUGAGUACUUCCAUCUGGACGGGUUCGCUCGCCUUCUGGGUCAGGAAUACCAGGGAGCACUUGUUACCGAGAAGCAGCGACAGCAGAUGGGCCGCCUCUACACGCAGUACAUCCCCGAGCGGGACGGACGCUUCAAGCUGAACAGUACCGAUCGCAUUCUAGUGGAAAUACGGGAUGCGAUCGCCCUGAUCCACCGUCCUGUGACCUUUAAGCACAUCCUGCCUCAAUACGAUCGAUGCGAUAUAGUGCUCUGCUACGACCACCGGCAAGGCAAGGCGUUGUCCAUAAAUGCAGAGGCGUGUCAGGAUUACAGCGGAGAGAUUCUCACCCGGCGGCACCUACUGGGCGAGGGCAGGUCUGCGGAUGACCAGCUGGCCACAGUGGCAAUCGUUAUUGCGGGCUGGAACAAUGUAAUCCGCGAUAAGGAGCGAUUUACUGGACAAAUGGACAUGAAGCUUAGGCAGCUGCGCCAACUGGGACAUCAGCCACUGGUGAUCUAUUGGCACGAAUGGCGCGAACUGGAAAAUGCAGCUGACCGCCAGAACUUUCUGAGACGCCGCCUCAGUCAAGUGGCGAAAAUUUAGCAGGAAUAAGAAAACCAGGAGACAAAGGCCAACGACAAAUGUCAAUGAAAUA